AUGAACAAUGUCUGCCGAGUAAACAGACCGAUGCAAUGCAACAUUUCUUCAUGUUGUUACUGGGCAGCGGGCACAUUUCCUUCAGCAAAAUCUUUAAGAUGCUGAACAGACUCCGAAGCAUCCGCCUCUGGUCCAGUACGCACAACGGCAGCAGCCGAGUGGACGCGUGGGGAGAAAAACACGUCCAUGACAUCAUCCGCCUCGUUGUGAUUCCCGUUCCCACCGGGUUCAUCUCGUAGAUGCGAUCGCAGGAUUCCCACACUAAUUCUCCCCGGCUCUUCCCGUAACGCUCCGAUGCUCGUGCCCGCGUCGGUUUCGACAUCGCCAUUGUGCGGUUAGCAGAGUUAUGAGGACGACCGAGAGAUGCUUCCGGUGUAACGUUAGAAGUGAUCUCUCCAUGAGCAAGAGCUCUCCGCUGUGUCGAUGCGAUCGAGGCUAUUGUUAGACGAGAUGAAACGGUGUCGGUUGGCGUGACACACCUGGAAUUAUCAAAGAUACAUCAAAGCGCGUAUUUGCACUGUUCCUCAUAUACAUCGUGCCUCGUUGUCCGCCGAACGCAAGUCAAAGAAGCCCUUAUAGUGUGUGUUAUUUCAUGGGGAUGUGUUCAAGGCAAGAGAGGAUUCAAAAAGACGUCGACAUCGUAAUUCAAAGGUGUAAGGCAGAGAAAGACAGCCUUUAUUCUGACUUUCGAUUCUCCGACUCCACCUUUACGUUCACCUAUUCAAAAGGACCUAAAAGGGUCUCCUACUCUGUUCACGUCUCUGAUGAUUAUCCAGAUAACACAUUUGUGUCCAACUCUGAAAAUGUUGAUGAAGUAUUAGUCACCAGGGAUCCAAUACCAGUAAUUUUCCACAGAAUUGCAACAGAAUUACGUAUAAAUAAUGAUACGCCCGGCUGUCCAUAUAUUAAACCAAAACCUCAAACUGACAAAAACCCGUGCCAUUAUGCUAUAGAGGAGGAUUCAGAGGGUGACAAUGAUUCUGAGGAGUUCUACUAUGUUGGGCAGGUAAAUUAUGAUGGAGAGCUUCACAAACACCCCCAGCUGGAGGCCGAUUUGGCAGCCGUGAGGGACUUAUAUGGCCAUCAUGCAGUAUCUCUCAGGGAAUAUGGUGCAAUUGAUGACGUGGACAUCGACCUACACAUAGAUGUCAGUUUCCUAGAUGAGGAGAUUGCACUUGCAUGGGAUGUGAUCAGGAGUGAACCCGUUAUUGUGCGGCUUCACUGCUCGCUUACACAGUAUCUCAAUGGACCAGUUCCCACUGUGGAUGUGUUUCAAGGGUAUUCAAAAGACAGAUUUGGACUGGGACAUCAACUGAAAAAGAUAAUGCAAACCUUUGUCACACAGCAAUGGAAGUGUCAGAGCAAAGAUAAAAUAAUCAGCCCACACAGCAAAAAGCAAAGCGAGAAGAAGGUGAAGUCUCCGCUGCACAUUUUUUCCAAUCUGCGCAGAUCCCCCAGCUACCCUCCUCCAGGCUGCGUGAAAAGCAAAAAGAAGCUCAAACCCGAGCAGGAUGGUGUGUCAAAAUCCCACCGUCUGUUGCGGCGAACGUGUUCCAGCACGGUGAAGCCAGAAAUGGACAGCUGCGUCAGCAAGUCCCACAAGCAGCUGAGCCACUCCAUCUCCAGCGACCCACGUAUGGAGCAACAUCAGCCCCUCAAACAGCCACACCGGCUGCUGCAGAGGCCCUGCUCGACUGCCGUGAAACCGGAGGACUGCCCCCCGCUGCGGCCUCACAAAUUGUCGCCACGGGCGAGUGCGCCGGAGCCUCGCAGCGAACACGCUGCGGGCAGCAACGAUGGCGGUGCUUUGAAGCCCAACCGGCUCCUGAGUCGCUCUUGCUCGGGCAGCGUUCAGACUGAAGAGCUGGACGGCUUGAAGCACCACCACCGUCUGCUCAGCAGGUCUUACUCCAGCAGCACCAAGAUAGGCAAAACAGACAUCUUUAAAGAGCCUGUCACAGAGAGCAGACGGCUCUCCCUUACCUCAGGGCUAAUCGGCAUCCUGGCCCCAUCACUCUCUUCCACACCUCAGCCAAACUUUGGAGCCAAAUCCAUUCCAGUCAGAGACAGAGGCUUCCUUGUGCAGACUAUAGAGUACGCAGAACAGCGUAUCCCUGUACUGAACGAGUUCUGUGUGGUCUGUGAUGAACCUCACGUGUUCCAAAAUGGACCAAUGCUCAGACCCACGGUGUGUGAGAGAGAGUUGUGUGUAUUCGCCUUCCAAACGCUAGGGGUCAUGAAUGAGGCUGCCGAUGAGAUUGCCACUGGUGCUCAGGUAGUAGACCUACUGGUCUCCAUGUGCCGAUCUGCACUGGAGUCUCCAAGGAAAGUUGUCAUUUUUGAGCCAUAUCCCUCUGUGGUGGAUCCUAAUGACUCACAAGCACUUGCCUUCAACCCCAGGAAAAAGGACUAUGAUCGAUUGAUGAGAGCUCUUGACAGUAUCGCAUCGAUCAGAGAAAUGACACAGGCUCCGUACUUGGAGAUAAAGAGGCAAAUGGACAAGCACGAUCCACUGGCUCAUCCACUGCUGCAGUGGGUGAUAUCCAGUAACAGGUCACACAUAGUGAAGCUUACUGUUACUAGACAACUGAAGUUCAUGCACACACCCCACCAAUUCCUCCUGCUCAGCAGUCCACCUGCCAAAGAAUCCAACUUUCGAGCUGCUAAAGGCCUCUUCGGGAGUACCUUUGCCUUCCAUGGAUCACACAUAGAAAACUGGCACUCCAUUCUGAGAAAUGGUUUGGUCGUGGCAUCAAACACAAGGCUUCAGCUCCACGGCGCUAUCUAUGGCAUUGGAAUCUAUCUCAGUCCAUUAUCAAGCAUAUCCUUUGGCUACUCAGGGAUGAAUAAAAAACAGCAGAAAGUUGCUUCAAAAGAUGAAACCGCUGCCAAUAAGUCCAGUAUUCAUUUGCAGUCACAGAAGAAAGGCCAGAACCCGCAGUUUCUGCAGAGUCGUAACCUGAAAUGCAUAGCCUUAUGUGAAGUUAUUACAUCUCCAGACCUGCACAAGCAUGGUGACAUCUGGGUAGUUCCAAACACAGAUCAUGUCUGCACACGUUUUUUCUUUGUUUAUGAGGACGGACAGGUAGGUGACACAAGUAUAAACACACAGGACCCUGGUAUUAACAAGGAGAUCCUUCGAGUCAUCGGCAAUCAAACAGCUACUGGAUAAGAGUUUAACACAAUACAGCUGCCUUGACCUCGUUCUCAAAGCUGGACAUUGAGAGCUGGAGGUCAACACCAUAUGUAUUUUUGGUCAACACAGAAAACAUGGAAUAAAGAACAUUAACAAUCACAAUCUCUGAAAGACACUAUUUAUACUAUUCCCCUGGGAUAUACUGUAUGUAUAUUUACACUGGCUAUUCAAACUCUUACCAUUUUGCUAAGUUUAUAAAACAAAAAGUACAUUUUAAAAGAGCAUGGUAUGUCUUUCAGUUCAACUGAUGGACUACUUAUUUUUUGUAAAGAAUGCAAAACAAUGGAAACACUUUGAAUAAUAUUUUGAGACUUUACUGGAGAAAAUACAAUAUUCCUGUGCGGAUAUGCGCCAUCUGACCUUGUUUACUAAGAGUUGUACUUGUUAAAGUACAUUAAUUUGUGUAAACAAAAGGUGUCUAUAUGCACUUUAUUUUUCUUAAUGUAUGAUAGCGGUUUCAAACUUCCAUGUAAUCCUAAAUGCCUUUCAGAGACAGAAGUAUCUAUUGUUUGACAGUGCUGAACACAAGCAAGAUCUUGAAGACAGUGUAUUUGGAGAUGAUGAAGUGUACAUCUGUGUAUGUCAAGCUACUUUAAAGUAGCCGUCAGUUUACAAUAUCUAAAGGUCUCCAUUAGUACCCAAUCAGUCACUUCAUCAACUAUAAUUCAGUAAAAUAUUCAAAGUAUUUUUCAUUGAGGAGUAAAUAUAUAACAAGACAUAAAAAGAGUAGGAAAAAAAUGGAAAAACACAACAAAAAACAACAAAAAAGACAAUAUAUUUGGCAGCAACAAGAAAAAAUCAGAUGCAUGCUGCUUUCCUUACCUUUUCAAACCAUUUGGUUUUCUUUGGUAUGAUUCUAGAAUUUUUGAUAAAGAAAAAAGUUGGCACCCAAUGGUAAGAUGUCUUUGAAUAUUUCAAUCCUUUUUGUACUGUGAUUUUAAGGCAGAAUAAGUGUUUGCUGCUUUGGUUGUUUAUACACUGUAAUGUAGUAACGGAAGGUUCAAAUGUGUAAGUAUUCUGUUUUUCAAUUCUUUAUAGUGAUGUUUAGACAUCUCUGUGGUUGAUUAUUUUACUUUCCAAAUAUAAAUUAAAUUGUUAAAUUCACUUAAUCUUUUCUUGAAAAGGAGUGAUAGUCACCUAAUAAUAUAGGUAUAAAGAAUUUGUAUAUACAGGUGGCAGAUGUGGUUGCAAAUUUUUAAUCUGUAUUUAGAAUGCCAUUUGAGAAAAUGCAACUUUUACAAGUGAAAAUGUAGCAACACAAAUGUUUUUCACUUAUUCGUGGGGAGAAUUAUGAUUUUUAUUAAACUACAGGCACAUUAAAAUGUGGUAUUUCUCAUUUUGUGUGCAGAAAAGCA